UCACCGUAAGGGCCCUGUGGCCACUGUGGCCACUGUGGCCCUGAGUCAGUCCUCAGAAGCCCCAUUCACAGGAUGCCACCAGUUGCUGGUUGAGAAGACGACGGACUCUCCGGCGGCCGAGUUCUCGCUGGUGGAGGACGUGGCUCUGCACUUCGCCUGCUUGAUGGGCCGCCUGAACGAGCAGCGCCUCUUCCAGCCCGACCUGUGCGACGUGGACCUGGUGCUGGUGCCCCAGCGCAGCGUCUUCCCGGCACACAAGGGCGUGCUGGCCGCCUACAGCCAGUUCUUCCACUCGCUCUUCACCCAGAACAAGCAGCUGCAGCGCGUGGAGCUGUCCCUGGAGGCCCUGGCGCCGGGUGGCCUGCAGCAGAUCCUCAACUUCAUCUACACGUCCAAGCUGCUGGUCAACGCCGCCAACGUGCACGAGGUGCUCAGUGCCGCCUCGCUGCUGCAGAUGGCCGACAUCGCCACAUCCUGCCAGGAGCUGCUGGAUGCCCGCUCCCUGGGCCCCCCGGCCUCCUGCACUGUGGCCCUGCCCCAGGUGGCUGGCGGCAGCGGGGACGGCACCCCAACUGCACCUCCCUACUAUUGCGACAUCAAGCAGGAAGCCGAUGCCCCAGGCCUGCCAAAGAUCUAUGCCCGAGAGGGCCCUGACCCAUACUCGGUGCGGGUGGAGGACGGAGUGGGGACCUCGGGGGGCACGGUGUCCACGGCCAUUGGGCCGACACCUCCCUUCUUCAAGGAGGAGAAGGAGGGUGGCGUGGAGGAGGCUGGCAGGCCCCCGGCUGCCCUGUGCAAGCUGGAGCAGGAGCUAGGGGCAGCCGGCACCUAUAGCCGCCGGGAGCAGUCCCAGAUCAUUGUGGAGGUGAACCUCAACAACCAGACGUUACACGUGUCCACGGGCCCCGAGGGGACGCCGGGCAGCCCGGGGACCAGCCCGGCCACCAUGGUGCUGGGACGAGAGGAUGGUCUGCAGAGACACUCGGAGGAGGAAGAGGAGGAGGAGGAAGAGGAGGAGGCUGGUGGCAGUGGAGUGGAGGAGGAAGAGGAGGAGGGGAGGGAGGAAGAGGAGGAGGGUGGCAGUCAAGAAGAAGAGGAGGAGGAGGAGGAGGAGGAGGAGGAAGGGCAUAGUGAGCAGGAAGAGGAAGAGGAGGAGGAAGGACACAGUGAGCAGGAUCCAGAAAGCUCGGAAGAGGAGGGGGAGCCCGGAAGCAGGCAGGUACCUGCAGGGCUGGGGGGACCCCGAGGCAGCCAGGUGGACCCACCUACCCACAGUCGCAUGGCCACACGGUCCCGGGAAAAUGCACGGCACAGAGGCACUCCUGAGCCUGGGCAGCGGAGUGGGAAGCGGCCAAAGGCACCCCCAGGCGCAGGCCCCCCACCAGCACGAGGGUCGCCUGAGUCUGACGGGCUGGGGGCCAAGGUGAAGCUGGAGGAGAAGCAGCACCACCCAUGCCAGAAGUGCCCGCGAGUCUUCAACAACCGCUGGUACCUGGAGAAGCACAUGAACGUGACCCACAGCCGCAUGCAGAUCUGCGACCAGUGCGGCAAACGCUUCCUGCUGGAGAGCGAGCUGCUGCUGCACCGGCAGACGGACUGUGAGCGCAACAUCCAGUGCAUCACAUGCGGCAAAGCCUUCAAGAAGCUCUGGUCCCUGCAUGAGCACAACAAGAUCGUGCACGGCUACGCGGAGAAGAAGUUCUCAUGCGAGAUCUGUGAGAAGAAGUUCCACACCAUGGCCCACGUGCGCAAGCACAUGGUUGCCCACACCAAGGACAUGCCCUUCACCUGCGAGACCUGCGGGAAGUCCUUCAAGCGCAGCAUGUCUCUCAAGGUGCACUCCCUGCAGCAUUCAGGAGAGAAGCCCUUCAGGUGUGAGAACUGCAACGAGCGCUUCCAGUACAAGUACCAGCUGCGUUCCCACAUGAGCAUCCACAUCGGCCACAAGCAGUUCAUGUGUCAGUGGUGUGGCAAGGACUUCAACAUGAAGCAGUACUUUGACGAGCACAUGAAGACCCACACAGGGGAGAAGCCCUACAUCUGCGAGAUCUGCGGGAAGAGCUUCACCAGCCGGCCCAACAUGAAGCGGCACCGGCGCACGCACACGGGCGAGAAGCCCUACCCCUGCGAUGUCUGCGGCCAGCGAUUCCGCUUCUCCAACAUGCUCAAGGCGCACAAGGAGAAGUGCUUC